GCGGAAGGUUUGAAGCCCGAUGACGCGAAGGUGGCCAGCAUUCGAGAUUGACCACGACCUCAGUCUGUGAUUGAGAUGAGAUCUUUCUUAGGAAUGACAGGCUACUACCGGACUUUUGUAAAGAACUAUAGCGUAGUGGCCGCUCCUUUGACAAAUCUGACCCGCCUUGAUACCCCGUGGGAGUGGACGGAGGAGUGCGAGGCUGCUUUCAGACAUCUGAAGCAUGCACUAACGCAUUAUGAAGUCUUGAAACUUCCCGAUCCUGAUAAGCCGUUUAUAGUAACCACGGAUGCUAGCCAAUAUGGCAUUGGCGCUGUGCUUGCGCAACAGGAGGGGCCAAAGUUGAGGCCUGUUGAGAACAUGUCCAAGAAAAUGUCGUCUCAAAAGUUGGCUAAGUCCGCCUAUGAGAAAGAACUCUAUGCGGUGUUCAAGGCGCUGACCCAUUGGAGACACUAUCUCCUUGGGAGGUUCUUCAUCCUCAGGACUGAUCAUCAGACGUUGAGAUGGAUGGGAACUCAGCCUGUACUAUCUGACGCAUUGAAGCGUUGGAUAGAAGUCAUUGAGCAGUAUGACUUUGACCCUCAGUACAUCAAGGGUGAGUACAACAAAGUUGUUGAUACCUUGUCGCGUAGACCUGAUUUCUCAGGUGCGCUGAUUACUGAGUACGAUCUUACGAAUGAUGUCACUCGAUCCUUGGUGGAAGCCUAUCGGGAGGACCAGUUUAUGUCUGAGAUCAUACGCAGACUCGAGGCGAAGGAUAAACAAACUUCAGUCGAGUUUGAGUUGGUCAAUGGCUUGCUGUUUCUCGAGAAGGUAGGGAAUAAACGUUUGUGUGUCCCUGAUAAAGAGUCUUUGCGUAGUCUGUUUCUAGGCGAGUGUCAUGACGCCACCGACCAUUUUGGGUACAAGAAGACCGCAGCCAAUUUGCUGCAAAGGUUCUGGUGGCCCACGAUGUUAAAAGAUUCUAAGCUGUACGUGGAAACUUGUCAAGUUUGCCAACGAGACAAGCCCCGUACUCAGGCUCCUCUUGGGCUGCUCAAGCCCCUUCCGAUUCCGGAAAGGCCGGGUGAAAGCUUGUCUAUGGACUUCAUGGAUACGCUGGUCACCAGCAAGAGUGGGAUGAGGCAGAUCUUCGUCAUCGUGGAUAGGUUUAGUAAGUAUGCUAGGUUAAUAGCCAUGUCGGAAACAGCGAAGACCGAGUAUGUAAUUAGGCUGUUCAAAGAGAACUGGGUGAGGGAUUUUGGAUUGCCUAAGUCUAUUGUAAGUGACAGGGAUGUCAGAUUUACAAGUGAGUUAUGGAAGGCCGCUGCAGCUGAACAGGGAACUCAACUGCAAAUGACUUCUGGAAACCAUCCAGAAGCAAACGGCCAGGCUGAACAGAUGAACCGCGCUGUUCAACACAUGUUGAGGCAUUACAUUAAGCCCAAGCAGGUGGACUGGGACGAGAAGCUUGCUCUUGUCGCCAGUCUGUACAAUAACGCUGUACACAACGCUACCGAGGAAGCUGUUGUUGUCAACGUCGGCAUUGUAGUAUUAGGCUAGAUAGGAUCUGCCACAUGUAG